UAAGGUUAAGAAGUAAACUGUUGUGGUAGUCUGAGCUUUCUUUCCCCAGCAGCACCACUUCAGAACUGCGCCUGUCAACUCCACGUUAACUGCAGCCACUGCGUUCUUGAGGACAAGUGGGAGGAGCCGCUAAAUCAACUUUCAUAUCUUAUCAUAAGAAACCAGCGCCCCAGAACAGCUACUCUUGUUUAGACAAAAUUGGCCGAUCCAGCCGAAUCUGCAAAGUAACAGCGACACGAUGGGGGAUUUAAUCUCAACUCAUCUCGAUGAGAGCAAACGGGAAGUCAUCACAGCACGUACAGGAGAGCUGAUGGGAGAGUUUGGUCGGCUGUAUGAGCAGCAGCAGUAUGCUGUCGCUCUCUUUAAUAAGAUGCGCUAUGACAUUGAGGGUGGAGGAGGUCCUCAGCCACAGCUCUUGCACAGGAAGGUGCCUCUCCAGAAUAAGUCCAUCUUCUCUGGGGCUUUGUUCCAGUAUCUUGAAGAAAACAAAAAAUGGCGAAAUCGUUUUCUUUUUAUUCCUGAUACCUACAACAUCGACUAUUUUGAAAACAAACAGGCUCAUGACAGAGGUCUGCAUCCUAAAGGCACAAUAAACUGUGCUGGCUAUAGGGUCCUGACCUCUAUGGAAGAAUACAUGGAGCUUCUUAACACCAGCCUACAAGGUGUAAAAGCUAAAGUUGGCACUUCUCCAUUCCUGAAAUGUGCAACACAGUUCCCCCUCAUUCUCUGGCACCCUUAUGCACGUCACUAUUGUUUCUGUGUGAUGACCGAGAAAGAGCAGCAGAAAUGGAACGCUGUCUUUCAGGAUUGCGUCCGCCACACCAACAAUGGACUGCCUGAGGAGUGUAAAGUUCAGACCCCAGCGUUCACAGACACAGUGCGACUCUAUCGGCAGGCUCACGGUCACUAUGGAACCUGGGACAUGAUGUGUGGAACACCUCCACAGAUACUUGCCAACCUGGUGAUGGAGACACUCCUUCCUGAGAUGAGAGACCUCAUCACCCCCAAACUGAAGGGCAAGAUGCAUGAGAGACAAAGGAACUGGAUGCUGAUAUCAGAUGCAGUGUACCGGCUGGUUCAGAGCCAAGCGCAGGCGCAGUAUGAAGCAAUAGUGCAGAGCUGUGAGGCAGGUCGCCCCCCACUGGAGACCACCAUACGAACAGACAUGGACCAGAUCAUCACUUCCAAAGAACAUGUAACCGGCAAAAUUAGAGCUCUUGUGCUGCCCAAGGCAGAGAAGCUUCUGAAGGUGAGCAUCCAGCCGUACAUCAGCUCCAUCCUUGAUGCGCUGAUGGAACCCACCAGCAGAGGCUUCUUUGAAGUGAGGGACUUGUUCUUUAGAGAGCUGGUGGACAUGAGCAAGAACCUCCUCAAUGAUGGCAACAAGGAAAAACUUGGAGAACACAUGGAAAAGAUCUCCAUGCUUGCCUUCCAUCCAGUAAAGAUGCAGAGCUGCUAUGAGAAGGUGGAGUCUCUGAGUUUAGAGGGACUGCAGCAGCGCUUCGAUAUCUCCAGCCCCUCUGUGUUUGUACAGAGAGCCCAAAUCCUGAUGAGAGAGCAAAUGGAUGAUGCAAUGUACACGUUUGAACAGCUCCUGCACCAGAGUUUAGAAGAAAAGGAAGGAGAGGACCUAUGUAAAACCAUUCAGCGCUGCCAGGAUCGCGUCAUCAAGAAAUUUGACUAUGACAGCAGCACGGUUCGGAAAAAGUUCUUCAGAGAGGCUCUUCUGCAGAUCUUCAUUCCCUACAUGCUGAAACAGCUCUCUCCAUCAUGCUCUUCUGAACUUCCACGUUUCCAAGAGCUCAUCUUUGAGGAUUUCUCUCGUUUCAUUCUGGUGGAGAACAUCUUUGAGGAAGUUGUCCUUCACACAGUGAUGAAAGAUAUAAUGAUGGCUGUAAAAGAAGCAGCUGUCCAAAGAAGACACAACCUAUAUCGAGACAGCAUCGUUCUGACCAAUAGUGACCCUAAUCUUCACCUGCUGGGGGAGAACUCUCCCAUUGACUGGACUGAAGAGUAUGGAGGAGGCCAAGAGGAGAUGGAUGGUGGAGAUGUUGGAAAAGAUGGAGAAACUCCAAAAAGGCGGAGAAUAAAGCAAGUGGUCUCCAUGAUCCAGCUAGAGAACAACGCCUUUGUUCUGCCUAACGAAUCAUGCCUGGAAGUGCCUGGAGUAGAAGACAUUCCUGAGGAGGAGACAGAGAGACGUACAGACGCCUCAACAUGCCAAGGGUCGCUGAAGCAAGUGCCCAACGGAACCAAAGAGGAUGUGAAUAAAAAUGAGGUUGAGGAACAACCAGCUGUAACGAAUAAAACAACAUUAAAAGAAGAAAUUGAUGUCACGCAGGUGGUGGUGGAAGAAACAUACAUCAUAGAGAGUGCCAUACAGGAAAUAGAAAAUGCAGCACUGGAAGAGAAACAUGAGUGGGGUGGAGCAGUCAAAGAGGAGAACGUUGCAGAAUCAUCACCUUUAAAAGAGGAAACUGCAGAUAUUAGUGACAAGGAGGUUGAUCUCACCCCAGUGUGUCAAGUUGAAACGCCUGCAUCAGGCAUAAAGAAAAAUGCACCUUCAACCACAGAGGAGAAGCAUUCGGGUUCACUAUUAUCAGACCAAAAAGAGACGAAUCACAUUACCGAGAGCACUAAAGACACCCAUUCAGAGACUGACUACAUCUCUCCAUCACCCCAUGACGACAGCGGAUUUCAAUCUCCCGCUAAUGAAGUGGAAGGGGAGGAGCCUCAGACAGGAAAUGAGGCAUGCAAUGACUCUGAAAUGGGGGGGGACACUGGAAAGAAAGAAGAUGCACAUGUGGAUCACCAGUAAAAUGGGAACUAUGUAUCUUUUAAUUUUGUUCAUUAAUUGUGAAUGUUUUGUUUGUGUCUGAAAACAGUGAAACAAUAUAUAAAUUCCACAUCUUUAAGACAUGGCACUUUUGCCUGUAAACACACUAAUGUCUCAAGACAUUUGCGAACUAUUUUUUGUCGUUGACAUUCCUUGUAUGCACAUAGUCACAUUGUCCUUAAUGCACUUAAAUGAAUCGCCCAUAGAAGUGUAACACAUCACCUUUCAAAAUGUCUUUUUUUCCAGUCAACUUUAUUUGAUACCUCUGUUCUUUUUUUAGUUCCUUCUCUCAUUCCUACAAUCCAGCCUGUGCUGAAGAAAAAUGCCUUUGAGCUUGUGGAAACUAGCCACAUUAUCCUCUAUGUAGAUAGUAUAUGGUGCCUUAUUUGAUUUUGCAUGUUGCUUCUGCUAAAGUUAGUGAUAGCUGAAGUAAAACAACAUAAGCCAUUGAAAUUUGUGUUCAAUGAAGAGGUUUGUUGUAUUCUUUUUUUAUUCAUUUAUUUUGAUAAAGAAGUGAGAUCUGUCAUAAACAACUUGCUGGAACCUCCAAGUAACCCUACUUAGCACUGGUGCACAUUGGUGCAGUAUGAUUUAAGAAACUCUGCUGUCACUUAUUGGAAUUACAGAAGUGGCUCCAUCGAUGUUUCUAAACCGGUUGGGUAAAUUCACACUGUAACUGACAAGUUUUUCAUGUGGUGCCCCUCUUCUAUUUCAUUGUUCAAUCUUUGGAUGCUGUUGAUUUACCUUUUUGUUCAUCAUUGUUGAUCGUAUGACAUUUUUUUGUAAUACUUGCACUGUAGUCAUUUUGUUCUGCAGUUGUCAUUGGCCAAAAGGUUGUAUAAGAUGUUCUGUGCAGGUGACUGUUGUAGAUAGGAUUCAGUGGAUGACGUCCAUUCAGGUAUGAAUGAUUUUAGUACCACUGCUAGGUAACCAAAAGUACAUGAUAUGUUUAUAUGACAAUCAGUCAGAUUAACGAUGUGCAAAAUGUGUCAUAAGUAGUUUUAUCUGGCUGUAACAGUACUUUGCGUAUUGCUGUUUGAUAUGUUUUAAAGUUUUAUCUAUGGAAUAACAUAACCCGUUUAUGAAUACAAUUGAAUAUUUGUAUUUAUUAGUUACAGCGCUUGGUACUAUAUUUGGAAUUUUUAUUUUACCCUUUUAACUUGCAAAUAUUAUAGUCUUUUUCAGUCCAUUGUUAUUCCUUGGAGAAGAAUAAAUUUAUAAACGGACAGUGUA